AAAAUCUGAGAUAACGGAACGGACAUUUUACAAACAGACCAAUAUACAGGGGCCACAUAAUGAUGGAGGAGACCAGGAAGCCUAACCAUACACCUGCAUGGAGCCGUUAACGUUACAAAAGUCUCGAGAACGAUGAAUCACAUAUUCUGGCGGAAAACAGUGUGCGGAAUUGUGUUUGGUUUUCUGAAUCUCUGAUUCAAUUAAAAAAAAAAAAAAAAAAAAAAGAAAAAAGGAUGGCGGAAACAAUUAGGUUCUUUGAGCUCAACACAGGGGCUAAAAUCCCUUCCGUCGGAUUGGGAACGUGGAGGGCCGAACCUGGUGUCAUCGACCACGCCAUCACCGCCUCUAUUAAGGUUGGGUAUCGGCAUAUUGACUGUGCUCAAAUGUAUGGUAAUGAGAAGGAGAUUGGUUGUGCUCUGAAGAAGCUGUUUGAUGAUGGGAUAGUGAAGCGUGAGGACUUAUGGAUAACCUCAAAACUCUGGUGUACUGAUCAUGCACCGGAAGAUGUACCAAAGGCACUUGAUAAAACUUUGCAAGACUUGCAACUUGAAUAUUUGGAUCUGUAUUUGGUCCAUUGGCCAGUCAGCAUGAAAAAGGAUUCAAUUGGUUAUAAGCCUGAAUACCUUACAGAACCUGACUUGCCGGGUACUUGGAAAGCAAUGGAGGCGCUCUAUGACUCUGGUAAAGCUCGGGCUAUUGGAGUUAGCAAUUUCUCUACAAAGAAGCUUGGAGAUUUAUUAGAGGUUGCCCGCGUGUCUCCUGCUGUUAAUCAAGUGGAAUGCCACCCCAAGUGGCAGCAGCCAAAGCUACAUGCAUUCUGUAAAUCUAAGGGAGUUCACUUGACUGGUUACUCGCCACUGGGUAAAAGUAACGUUGUUAAGAAUCCAAUUUUGACACAUAUAGCAGAGAAAUUGGGCAAGUCUCCCGCACAAGUGGCUCUUCGUUGGGGACUACAAAUGGGUCAUAGUGUAGUGCCUAAGAGCACAAAUGAGGAUAGGAUUAAGGAAAACUAUGAUGUUUUUGAUUGGUCUAUACCCGAAAACUUGUUUGCCAAGUUUUCUGAAAUUGAGCAGGAAAGGCUAAUUACAGGUGCUGGAUUUGUUCAUGAGACUUUCAGUGUCUACAAGACUCUUGAAGAACUAUGGGACGGCGAGUUGUGAACAUUGAACAGACAAGAUGCUUAAGAAGCAUCUAGCUUGUUUGAGUGCAUAUUACGUUAUUUAUAUGUACUAAACCUAAAUUACAUACAAUACUUGUUUUUUCAGAUUAAUUAUGCUUUUAAAGCUUGAAAGACAAGAGCAUUUGUGGAAUGCAUCAUUUGGAGAAGAAUCACAUCAUGCAGGCCAUGUAGGGUGACAUUGCAGGAUGGUGUAUUAGAAGUUAUGUUACUUUUUUUUUUUUUUUUUUUAACUAAAUGUUUAUGAAUCAACGAAAUAUAUACUGUUAUUGUACUGACUAUUGAAUAGGCAACUGGACAUUUGUCAAUUUUUAGAGUUCAGAGCAGUGUAACUCUAGUCUUAAUAAUGCAUACUGAUUCAGUUA